CACCAACCGCGACGAACGUGGCGAAACGCACUCCAUCGUAUUCGGGAUUCCAAACUCGAAUUUGAGUGUUUUGGCGCGAAUACACCCGUUGUGACAGUGACAUAUUCUUUUUUUUAUAAAUAAUAAACAGUGUGUUGUUAAUUGAGUGACAUUAAAAACUUUUUGGUAUUUGCGUAUUGGAUUUAUUGAAAUCGCUGAAAUGAUGGCAGCGCCGACAGACUUGCGACCGGAGCGUGUGAGGCAAAUGUUCAGCUGGACAACGGGAGAGACCUCGCCUCCGUCGCCGAUGGGCGACGAGAAGGAGUCCAAAAUGAGCCAGAUCCAGUUCUCGACACCCUUCGAAAAACAAGACAGUACGAUAUGGCAGAAGCGUCAGCAGGCCGUGUGCGUGCGACACGCCUUCAAGCACUACGGGUCCAACAAGCGGCCCAACCACGUGCUAAGUAACCUCAACAUGACAGUCGCUAAGGGCACAAUAUAUGGCCUGCUAGGCGCAUCAGGGUGCGGCAAGACGACCCUCCUCUCCUGCAUAGUCGGCCGGCGCUCCCUCAACAGCGGGGAGAUAUGGGUGCUAGGAGGGAAGCCGGGGACAAAAGGCUCAGGCGUCCCCGGCAAACGAGUGGGCUACAUGCCCCAAGAGAUCGCGUUAUACGGCGAGUUCACCAUCAAGGAGACCAUGAUGUACUUCGGCUGGAUCUUCGGCAUGGAGACCAGGGAGAUCGUGGAGAGACUCCGCUUCUUACUGGACUUCUUGGACCUGCCCAGCGAGAAUAGGAUGGUGAAGAAUCUUAGUGGCGGACAACAACGGCGCGUAUCCUUCGCAGUGGCUCUCAUGCACGACCCCGAGCUCCUGAUCCUGGAUGAACCCACCGUUGGCGUGGAUCCACUGCUGAGACAGUCCAUCUGGAUGCACCUGGUCCGCAUCACCAGCUCCGGAGACAAGACUGUCAUCAUCACCACGCAUUACAUUGAAGAGGCGCGGCAAGCGCACAGCAUCGGCCUGAUGAGAAGCGGUCGCCUUCUGGCCGAGGAGUCGCCGCAGGCUCUCCUCACCAAGUACAGCUGCAUAUCGCUAGAAGACGUCUUCCUAAAGCUGUCUAGAAAACAAGGUCAAACCAACCCAGUAGUGGAACUGAACGUAUCCGGCGGAGCCCUAGGGCUGAACAAGCUGUCCAAGCGGGAAGAGGCGCCGUACGCGGCCGAGGACGCACAGGUGGUCGGGUUAAACUUCCAAGCCAUCAACCAGAGCAAAGAGGUGCUGAUCGUGGAGAAUGGCGUCGGUUCUAAUGGCGACCUCCCUGGGAAAGUUACGGAGGCUGUUACCAACGAAUGCAAGGACUGUACCGACUGCUUCAAUCUGACGUCCCGCGGCAAGAUCAAGGCGCUCAUCCAGAAGAAUUUCCUGCGAAUGUGGCGCAACAUCGGCGUCAUGCUGUUCAUCUUCGUGCUACCCGUCAUGCAGGUCAUCCUGUUCUGCCUGGCCAUCGGCCGCGACCCCACCGACCUCAAGCUGGCUAUCGUGAACGACGACGUGCGAGUAAUCGACGGCGACUGCCCCUUCAAUUCAACGUGCUCUAUGAAGAACCUCUCGUGCCGCUAUUUAGCACAACUCACGGAACACACGCGGCAGAUCUACUACCCUACCAAAGACGCAGCCUUGGACGCCGUGAAGGAAGGGGACGCGUGGGGAGUGCUGUACUUCAAUGAGAACUAUACGGACUCGCUUGUGGCCAGACUUGCUCUAGCCGACACCGCCGACAACGAGACGAUAUCGUCGUCGGAGAUCCAGGUGUGGCUCGACAUGUCCAACCAGCAGAUCGGGCUCAUGCUCAACCGGGACAUACAGUUCUCCUACCGGGACUUUGCUAAGGGCUUGCUCGAGACGUGCAACUACAACCCGAAGCUGGGAGACAUCCCCAUCGACUUCAUGGACCCCAUCUAUGGAAAUAAGGACCCCUCUUUCACUGACUUCGUCGCCCCUGGUGUUAUUCUGACAAUCGUGUUCUUCUUAGCCGUGGCUCUCACUUCAUCAGCGCUCAUCGUAGAACGAAUGGAAGGUCUGCUGGACCGGUCGUGGGUGGCGGGCGUGUCUCCCGGCGAGAUAUUAUUCUCUCACGUUGUGACGCAAUUCGUGGUGAUGUGUGGACAGACGGCCCUCGUGCUCAUCUUCAUGAUCCUGGUGUUUGAAGUGGAGAAUAACGGGAAUAUCUUCUAUGUUAUCAUGUUGACUAUUUUGCAAGGUCUUUGUGGAAUGUGCUUCGGCUUCGUAAUUUCCGCCGCCUGCGAACUGGAACGGAACGCGAUCCAACUGGCCCUGGGGUCGUUCUACCCUACACUUCUACUCAGCGGGGUCAUCUGGCCCAUAGAAGGCAUGCCUUUCGUCCUCCGCUACGUGUCUCUAUGCCUACCUCUAACGCUGGCAACCACGUCUCUUCGUUCCAUACUAACGCGUGGCUGGCCUCUCUCAGACCCCGAUGUGUAUAUGGGAUUCGUCGCAACCCUCGUCUGGAUAGCUCUAUUCUUGACGAUAACGCUCACCAUUUUGAAGGUCAAGAAGAAUUAGGUGGCCAAAUGACUUAGGUCUAUGUCUCAGUGUUUCCAUAUGAAAAAUUACCGUUUUAAAAAUGGCCAAAUGACUUCCGUCCAUGUAUUAUGUGAAAAUUACACAUCAUUUUGUAAGAAUUAAGGUGGCCAAAUUACUUAAGUCCAAUGUCUUAGUGUUUCCAUACGUAAAAAUUAUAUUUGUAAAAAGAACUAAGGUCGGGUGUUUUAUGCUGGCCAAAUGACUUAUGUCCAAUGUCUUGCAGUGUUUCCUUUUGUAAAAAAUAUUGACUUGUAUAUUAUAGAGCGCAUAUUUCUUUGUCUAUGCUUUAAUAAAUCAGAUUGUGAAUACCAAGUUUGUAUAAGUUUAAGUGAAAGAUCCAUACCAAAUUGAUUUAUACGCUUCGUAAUAUGCAGAUUCGAAAUGAUAUUCUGGAUUUUUUAUGAUAUAAGACACUUGCCCAUCGGUGUAAGAGGAAAUUAAGCGCCCACC